AUGAAACAAGAAGUAAUUAUCAAUUCUACAACAUCUACAACUAAUAUGCCUCAAGAUUCAUAAAUAUCAAAUAAAGUCAGAAAAUAUAAUUGUUUUUGGAAAUAAGAAGUAGUUCUUAGUGAUUGUGAAGAAUAAUUUGUUUAGUAAAAUUCUGAUGAUGAUGAAAGAGAAUAAUAUCUUUACUAAAUAAAUUAAGAAAGAACAUUUCAAAUAGUUGAAAUUGUCAAUCCAGUAUCAUCUGAGAUUUUGUAUUUUAAUUAAUACUAGAUAUAAAGAUUAGUGGAUCUUUAAACACCAUAAAAUAUAUAUGAUCAUUUCAUUCCUACUUCGCUUAUAGUGACCUUAACAGAUUUAGUUAAUUAAUAUUUACUUUUUAUAUUAGAAGAAGACUUAAAAUAAUAAUCUUCUUAAAUUAAAUCUUAAUAUAACAAAAAGAAAUAUAAAUAAACAGAAAUCUAACUUUAUUUAGGAUUAUAAAUACUUUUUGGUAUAUAUCGAUUUCCUUAUAUUGAUGAUUAUUGGAAUGCAGAACCUUGGUUAAGAGGAGGUAUUGAACAUUUGAUGCCUAUAGGUAGAUUUAAAUUUAUUGAUGCACAUUUAUUUCUUUAUCUAAAUGAAAAAGCAAAAUAGAAAUUAUAAGAUGAAGUUUAUUAACUAUAAAAAACAGUAAAAUCUCUUUGUUAACCAGAGUAAGAACUGAUUCUUAUUGAAUAAAUAUACAAAGCUUAUAUAGUUUACUAUUUAUUGGAUCUUUAAAGAUUAUUCAUUAUAGAUUUGAUAGUGAUAUCUCAUAAAAUCUAAUUACAAGAUAGAAUUAAUCGACUUAUGAAGAUGCUCUUUAAAUACUCAAAUCAUAAUCAUGUUUUAUAUAUCAUGUUUGAAUUAAGUUUAGAAAAAAUACUUUAAUUAACAGAUUAAAAUAUAUAUCCUGUUAUUACUUAUCAAUAGACAUAGCAUGAACUUAUUAAAAAUUUAUUACCAGGUCAAUAUUCAAUUGAAUAAUUAAUUUUAAUAAAGAGUUAAUAGUACGCUCAUCUGUUCCCAUAAAAAAAAUUAAUAUCUGAUAGGCAUUGGCUUUCAGUUUAUUAAGAUAUUUAAUAAAAAUAUUAGGAAAACUAAAUUAUGAAUUUAUUAUAAUAUAGGAGUAAUUUUUAUUUAUGUUCAUAAUUAAACUGUCCAGAAGGAUUCAAUUAAUUGAGAAUAGAAUUUGAAGAAUAUUUUGAAGUCAUGAUUUAUAAUACUUCUUUAUUAAUGGAUGAUAUGAUGCAAUCUAAAUAUAGAUUAAGUUUGGUUAAAAUUUUUACAGUUGAAAAAGCACAAUAAAUUGAGGCUAGUUUAUAGAAAGCCAAAUAAAGAAUGAAUUCUAUAUCUAAAGAAAGUGCAAUGAAUACAGAUUAAUUAAGUUUUGGCCUUUGUUAAUAAUACUCUGAAUUAUAUCAUACACCAAUUCCUUAAAAAUAAGAAGAAUCAUUUAAAUAUUGUGUUGUUUGCAUGAAAUUCAAUUCUUUGACAAAACCUUUUUAUAGAUGUAGAUUAUGUGAAAAAUUAUUUAAUGAAAAUAAAAUAUUUCUUUGUAUAUAUCCAUGCUUUGAAUUAUUUCAUAGAAAUCCUAACAAUUUUAUUGAAUGUGAUAUUAAAUUAUUAGAAUAAUUUAGUGAUGGUAUAUAUUUUUAAAAUCAAACGACAACUUAAAUAUUAAACCAUAAUUAAGAUGAUGAGUAUACUUCAAAGAAAAAGAAAUAUGAUAAACUUAUCUAAAGAAAUUAUUCAUCAAUUAAUAAAGAAAUAUAGAGAAAAUCUAAUUUAGAAGAUUUUUCAACUUAAGAAUUAUAAGAGUUAUCUAAAAAAUAUUUACCUGUAGUUCCAUCACCUAAUUUAUUACAACCUAUAAUAACAAAAGAUUCAUCAGCAUUACAAUAGCCAAUUCAGGGACAUAGAAAAGAUUUAAAUGAAAUCGAAAAUAGAAUAGAUGAGUAAAAAAAAAUAUUUAAAAUACAAUUAAUUAGGCAUCUAAAUAAAUCAAAUUUAUCUAACUCAUAAAUUACAGAUUAGUAAACCCUACUUGAUUAAGAUGAGACAAAAAAAUAAAAAAAGAUUCAGAAACAAAAAGAGAAAAAUAGACAAUUAGAGCUACAGAUUAAAACUAUUAGUCCAUUAGAAAAGUUUAUGGAAAAUAUUAAUAAAUAAACAAAAUUAGAAGAUUAAGAUUAAUGAAUGAAGAUAAACCAUUUAUUAUUUAAAUAUAAUUUAGAAG